ACAAUAAUAUUCGAAAUUUACACACCACCAUGAGCAACAACAAUAACGACAAUAAUCAGCCCACUUUUACAGAUGCCUUGCAGACAAUCAAAGUAGACGAUUUUAAAAAUGUGGGUAAAAUACCAUGUGCACGAAAUGCAUUACUCUACGGCAUGGGUGGUGCAUUUGGCGCUGGAGGUAUUCGAUAUAUUGUAAAACGGACGGUACCAUCAGCAGCCAACUGGGCGGUAGCAGCAUUCUGCGGCAUAUCAUUGAUCAGCUUUGAAAUGUGUCAGAUGGAUAGAAAGGCCAAGCUGGAGCGGCUACAUCUGAUUGUCAAGGAAACCAAUUCACGAGGAGGCAAGCGACAAGUUGUAGAUGAGCAGGGCAAAAAUGGAGCAUUCCAUGUAGUAGUUGAUACAUCAGAAAAUGAUAAAAAAGAGUAAAAAAAG